CUUGAAGCUUUUCAGACAUCGUUUCUGAUCCGCCCAACGACCGCCAGCAGCUUUACCCUGCUCCCAACCCUCCCAACCCUCCCAAUUGCUUUCGAGCUUCUCGGCUAAUUACGCCCCUCGCUCUCCUCUAUCUUUCUCACACAUGCGAUGAUGCUGUCGCGGUCUACUUUCAGCCGGAAUGCGCCCCGUGCGCUCCAGAAGCAGUGCUCUGCUGCUGGCGCCAGCAGCCGUCGGGGCAUGGCCUCUGCUGCCACUCCUGGUCUCCAGUACGAUGUUACCGAGUCUGCUGGUGUGAAGGUCGCCAACAGGGAAGUCGCAGGCCCUACUGGCACUCUGGCGUUGGUUGCAAAGGCCGGUCCUCGUUACCAGCCCGUGCCUGGCUUCUCCGAUGCCCUCCAACAGUUCGCUUUCAAGUCCACGCUCAAACGGUCGGCACUGCGGAUCAAUCGGGAAGUCGAACUGCUGGGCGGUGAAGUUUCCUCGACACACUCGCGCGAGAACAUCGUCCUCCAGGCCAAGUUCCUCUCGGGCGAUCUUCCCUACUUCGCCGAACUUCUUGCGGAGGUUGCUUCUCAGACCAAGUUUGCUGCCCACGAGUUGAGCGAGGUCGUCCUCAAGACCAUCAAGUACAGACAACAGGCCCUUGCUGCCAACCCAGAUGCCGUCGCUGUUGAUGCCGCUCACGCCGUGGCCUUCCACCGUGGCCUGGGUGAGAGCAUCACCCCCUCGACCACCGUUUCCCUCGAGAAGUACCUCUCCGCUGAGGCUCUGGCCGAGUACGCUCAGCAGGCCUUUGCCAAGUCCAACAUCGCUCUUGUUGGCAGCGGCUCCAACUCCGCGGACGUCGCCAAGUGGGUUGGCGACUUCUUCAAGGAGGUCCCCACCGGCUCCCAGCUUCAGAACGCCGCCUCUAAGUACUACGGCGGUGAGCAGCGCAUUUCCUCCAAGGCCGGCAAUGCCGUCGUGAUUGCUUUCCCUGGCUCCGGUGCUUUCGGAACCCCUGCCUACAAGCCCGAGGCUUCCGUCCUUGCUGCCCUCCUCGGUGGUGAGUCCACCAUCAAGUGGACCCCCGGUUUCUCCCUCCUCGCUCAGGCCACCCAGGGCUUCUCCCAGGUUCGUGCCUCGACUCAGAACCUUUCCUACUCGGAUGCUGGUCUCUUCACCAUUACUUUCUCUGGUAAGGCCGACCAGAUCACUUCUGCUGGUAAGAACGCCGUCGACCUUCUCAAUAAGGUUGCCGCCGGCGAGGUUGCCAGCGAGGAAAUCAAGAAGGCCGUUGCCGUUGCCAAGUUUCGUGCUCUUGAGUCUGCCCAGAGCCUUGAGACUGGUAUUGAGGCUACCGGCUCUGCUCUCAUCAACGGCAGCAAGCCUUACCAGAUCGGUGAGGUUGCUCAGAGCAUCGAUGCUGUCACCGAGGCACAGGUCAAGGAUGUUGCCAAGACCUUCCUCUCCGGCAAGGCUUCCGUCGCCACUGUUGGAGACCUCUUCCAGCUUCCCUACGGCGAGGAACUUGGUCUGACCGUUUAAACAUGUAUACAAUACAUAUUAGACUGGCUUUGGGAAAAAUAGUACCCCCCUCCCUUUAUCAUGUGUCUAGAUCGACCUCCGCAGGUAUUCUCUUUUGUGAUAUGGCUGUAGUUGUGUGUCUGUAAUACAAUUGUACCUUAACCCAUUUUCGUUCAAUACCUCUGUGUAGACCUGCACCAUACACCAACUUAAUGAGCACU